CAAAAGCUUAAUGGUGAUGAAGCGCGGCCCUUACUUAACAGAAUAACACCAGAUUUUUAUGGAAUUGAAUGUAGAAAAGAGAGAGUUUAUGUGGGUGAAAUAUAAACCUUUGAUGCACUUUUGUGUUGGCUGCAAGAAUUCAAUAAAACACAGAAUGUGAUGAACUGUGAUUAUUAAUGAUACAACCAUUAAUAUUUCAGACUGUGUCUGUCUUUGAACGGAGGAAAACAAGUUGAAUUUUCUGUAUGGAUUAAUCAAGGUUUAUACCGAACAGUGAGAGAGAGGAGUUUUUUUUCCAUUAGCAGCUUAGAGAUGACAAGCUCAGUGCAUCUUACAUGUUUUGAUGACUCUAGCAGAGAGGUCAUCUCUGCACCAUCCAUACAGAACUAAAUUUCUACUCUAUAUUUCUGUUUAUCGUUGACAUAGAGUUCUCAGAAUGAUCGUCUCUAGACUUGGAAUACAUGGAACUCUGUUUUUCUCUUUAUUCGUUCGGGUGCAGGGUUGCUAUGUCUAUCCAGAAGGGAAAAGAGAUCCUUGUCAAAAUAAGACUUGUCAUUUUUAUGGCCGUUGUAUUCCGUCUGACGAUGGUCGACUUUCUGUGUGCGUUUGUCCGCAGUAUUGUUACGAUUACGGGGAUAACGUGGAUAACGAACCAGUGUGUGGAAGUAACAAUGUGGACUACCCCAAUCUCUGCUCCUUCCAGAAAGCUGCAUGUGAAACUCAGAAAAACAUGACUUUUACAAUCGGAAAAUGUGAUAGAUGUAAGGAUUUGGCCUGCACAUCGCCCCAGGUCUGUAUCGUCGACCCAGAUACUGGUAUCCCACGAUGUGGGUGUGUCCAGAAGUGCGAGGACAGGAUGGCCCAGGUGUGUGGGACGGACGGUCGUCAGUAUAGCAAUAGGUGUAUGUUAGAACUACAGGCAUGUCAGAGUAGACAGAAUAUCAAGGUCAAGAACGAAGGACCCUGCGAAGAUCAGCUGAUUGAUGGUGAAUAUAAACCAAUGAGUGAGGGUCCCUGUGCUUCUGUGAGAUGUUAUUACGGUUCAUGUCGAAUUGACAACCGGAAUCAGCCAGUUUGUGACUGUGAACCAGAGUGUCCCGACACCGGUCCUAACCCAGUGUGUGGGUCUGACGGACAGAACUACAGUAGCGAGUGUCAACUUAGGAAACAUUCCUGUAGGAGUGGAAAAUUAAUCAACAAGAUACAGGAUGGACCAUGUGCCCCUAUACCAGAGUCUUGUCAUACCAAACAAUGUGGUCAACAUCAGAGAUGUGUGGAGGAGAAUGGCCGAGUGGUGUGUAUGGACAAGCCGUGUAAAAAUUGUCUGGGGGAGCAAUUUAAACCUGUCUGUGGCAGCAAUGGAGCGUCUUAUGACAAUAUGUGUGAAUUACAGAAGGCUAACUGUACAACUGGAAUUGACAACAUCAUUAAUCUACAACAUUAUGGUUACUGUGCUAAAGAUGGAUGUGGGGACCUGAAAGGGGCAUGUGAGUAUUAUGGAGUUUGUAACGGAAAUGGCCAGUUUGCUCGGUGUAUGUGUCCUGAUCCUUCGGACUGCUGGGGAGCUGACUCAAAAAUUUGUGGCAGUGACCAUAAAACCUAUGACAGCGAGUGUAUGAUGAAAGUGAAGUCAUGUAAAGAGAGGAGAGUUAUCUCAGUCACAUCCGUGGGAGAAUGCACAACAUGCCAGGAGGAGUGUCAGUUCUUCUCUAAGUGUAUGUAUGGUCGUUGUGAGUGUGACGCGUUCUGCUCCUCCGCAGGUCCCCCUGUCUGUACGAUUGAUGGACAGAGAUUUAACAACAAAUGUGAGAUGGAGAGGAAUGUGUGUCAAAAUCGACGGCAACUGAAAGUCGUGGAUUGUGAACCGAAAGGCUGUAAAUCGGACUACCAUUGUCUGUACUAUGGUCAAUGUAUAAAUGGCGUCUGCUGUAAAUCGGACUAUCACUGUCUGUACUAUGGUCAGUGUAUAAAUGGUGUCUGCUGUAAAUCGGACUAUCACUGUCUGUACUAUGGUCAAUGUAUAAAUGGUGUCUGUCAGUGUGUGAUGUCUCAUGUUUCUUUUGACAGGCUGUAA